AGGAGUCUUACUACCCUGCAUUGAUACACAAACUUAAUUACAUCCCUCUUUCUUGCCACCAUCAACCUCUCCAUCUCUAUCAGGCAUACCUCAUCACGUAGCCAUCAUGUACGUGUGGAAACGCGAUGGACGCAAGGAGCGCGUUCAAUUCGACAAGAUCACAGCUCGUGUUUCCCGACUGUGUUAUGGCCUCGACGCUGAACAUGUCGACGCGGCAGCAAUUACUCAAAAAGUCAUCUCUGGUGUCUACCAAGGUGUCACAACUGUAGAACUUGAUAACUUGGCUGCAGAGACUGCCGCAUACAUGACGGUCACCCACCCUGAUUAUGCCAUCCUCGCUGCUCGCAUUGCGGUCUCAAACCUCCACAAGCAGACAAAAAAGCAGUUCUCAAGUGUCAUUUCCGACCUAUAUCACUACGUCAACCCUCGAAAUAACAAGCCCUCUCCCAUGAUCAGCCAGAAGACCUACGAAGUCAUCAUGAAGCAUGAAGCUGAACUCAACUCGGCAAUUGUCUAUGACCGAGACUUCAACUACCAAUACUUUGGAUUCAAGACCCUGGAGCGGUCAUACCUUCUACGCCUCGAUGGCAAAGUUGCUGAGCGCCCUCAACACAUGAUCAUGCGAGUGGCAGUUGGAAUUCACGGUGAUGAUAUCGAGGCGGCUAUCGAGACGUACAACUUGAUGUCCAGCAAAUACUUCACUCAUGCAUCUCCCACUCUCUUCUCGGCCGGUACCCCACAGGCCCAACUUUCAUCAUGCUUCCUGAUCGACAUGAAGGAGGACAGUAUUGACGGUAUCUACGACACGCUAAAGACCUGUGCAAUGAUCUCAAAGAAUGCUGGAGGCAUCGGUCUCAACAUCCACAGAAUUCGGGCUACCGGGGCCUACAUCGCCGGUACAAAUGGGAACUCCAAUGGCAUUGUGCCCAUGCUCCGAGUCUUCAACAACACCGCAAGAUAUGUCGAUCAGGGUGGAAACAAGCGUCCGGGAGCGUUUGCCAUUUACCUCGAGCCAUGGCAUGCGGAUGUCUUUGAGUUCCUUGACCUCCGAAAGAACCAUGGAAAAGAGGAAGUUCGUGCACGCGAUCUUUUCUACGCCCUGUGGAUUCCCGAUCUCUUCAUGAAGCGUGUUGAGAAGAACGGAGACUGGACUCUGAUGUGCCCCAAUGAAUGCCCCGGCCUGGCAGACGUUUACGGGGAUGAGUUCGAGGCUCUCUACGAGAAAUACGAGAGAGAAGGUAAGGGUCGCAAGACUAUCAAGGCUCAGAAACUCUGGUACUCCAUCCUCGAGGCCCAAACCGAGACCGGGAACCCCUUCAUGCUCUACAAGGAUGCUUGCAACCGAAAGAGCAACCAGAAGAACCUGGGAACAAUCCGAAGCUCCAACCUGUGCACAGAAAUUGUGGAGUACUCUGCCCCAGAUGAGGUAGCUGUCUGCAACUUGGCUUCUCUCGCCCUGCCAACCUUCGUUGACAUGAACAACGGCACCUACGACUUCCAGAAGCUUCACGAGGUGUGCCAAGUCGUUGUCAAGAACCUGAACAAGAUCAUCGAUAUCAAUUACUACCCUGUUCCAGAGGCUAGAAAGAGCAACCUCCGACAUCGCCCCAUCGCUGUGGGUGUUCAAGGUCUUGCUGAUGCGUUCCUUGCUCUCCGCUUACCUUUCGAAUCGCCCGAGGCCAAGUACCUCAACAAGCAAAUCUUUGAGACCAUCUAUCACGCCGCUCUCACUGCAUCGGUUGAGCUUGCCAAGGUGCAUGGACCUUACGAGACAUACGAGGGCUCGCCAGUAUCGAAGGGAGAGCUCCAAUAUGACAUGUGGGGUGUCACGCCUACUGACCUCUGGGAUUGGGACAGCUUAAAGCAGCAGAUUGCGCAGCACGGUGUCCGCAACUCUCUCCUCGUGGCUCCCAUGCCAACUGCCAGCACCAGUCAGAUUCUGGGCUUCAACGAAUGCUUCGAGCCAUACACCUCCAACAUUUACUCUCGUCGUGUGCUGGCUGGAGAAUUCCAAGUCGUCAACCCUUGGCUCCUCAAGGAUCUCGUGGACAUGGGUCUCUGGUCUGACAACAUGAAAAACCGCAUCAUCGCUGAGGGUGGCUCCAUCCAGAACAUCCCCAAUAUCCCAGCCGACAUCAAGGCUCUGUACAAGACGGUCUGGGAGAUCUCUCAACGGACGAUCGUCCAGAUGGCUGCUGAUCGUGGUGCCUUCAUUGAUCAAUCCCAGUCGAUGAACAUCCACAUGAGGGACCCAACGAUGGGCAAGAUCACCAGCAUGCACUUCACUGGCUGGAAGUUGGGUCUGAAGACCGGCAUGUAUUACCUCCGCACCAUGGCAGCCACCGCACCGAUCCAGUUCACCGUCGAUCAAGAGGCACUCCUCGUUGCCGAUACCAACGUUGCUCGAGAGCGCACGGCCAAGAAGCGAGCGAUGCCAUCCGGGGGCUACAUCUCGCCCUCGACCCCCGCUGUCCCUCGGCCGAUGUACGUCAAGCAAUCCCCAAAUUCCACGACGAAUGUGCCAAACGGAGUGCCAACACCCACGACGACCCCGCCGCCGUCAUCUGAACAGAAGAAGUUUGCCCCAGCAGCGUCUCCAGGCUUCAAGGCUGAUACAGAGGAAGGUUCCAGCCCUAAGAGCCUCGCCACGGAGCCAGCCAGUGCCCCGCCGAAGGAGGAGGAGCUGCCCGAGCCGGCCCUCAAGGGUGCGAAGCAGGAGGAGGACAAAGACCGAGAGAGUGAGGAGAGAGAGCAUGACAUCUAUGCCGAUGCUGUGCUGCAGUGCAGCAUCGAUAACCGUGAGGAGUGCUUGAUGUGCAGUGGAUAGAAAGACUUGAGCGAGACGCGAGUGAUGACAUGAUACAGACGGCUUAUGCUCACGCUUGAUGCAGGAGAUGUACUUUUGCGUGGCUGGUGGAGUUCUUUGAUUUUGUUCUUUUGUUCUUUUGUUCUUUUGUCUUGAUAUGGUAUUAUGGGCCCGGGUCAAUGUCAGUAAUAUGCGUCUCCUUUGCACUACAGGUACUUUUGUUAUUAUUACUGGAGGAAUUCAAGCCGCCAGAGGGAGGAGGACGGAUUGGAAUGGUGUAUCUCGAAGACU